AUGGACAACAACGGCCGGCUCCUCCCCAACGACUCUCUCGUGGAGGAGGUCCCCGCCAAGAAGCCCCUGUGUGGCCGCUCCAAGUUCGUCGUCUCCACAGCCCGGCGCGAGAUCCUCGGCGGCCCCCUCCACCGCACGGAGCUGCCCCCGAACCUACAGGGUUUCUUCUACGGCGACGGCGUCCGCGACGAGGAAGACGACUACCUGCCUUGCAAGAACUACUGGCGGUUCGCCAGGCUACCUGGGACGACGACGUCCGUCGACCCUUCCUUGUCGUUCCUGAGCAAGGCGCUGCCCGGAACCGGCACAUCUUCCUCGUGGACGCCUGCAACGGCCUCCUCCUCCUAG